AUGGAACACGCUCAAGUGAAUGAGGGUAAAAUUUCAAGACGAUCGGGCAGAAUAUAUGAUGAAGAACAGAAAAUUCUUUAUUGUGAUGAAGUUUCCCUCCAAGUUACGUCUACCGCACAAGAGAACGCACUAACUUUCGAUGAAACUGAUGACUACCGUCCGGUAAACUUUGGAGUUGUUGCUCCUGGCAUAUUUCGCAGCAGUCUUCCUGUAGCUGAGGAUUUCGAAUUUCUUCGAAGCCUUGGCCUGAAAACUAUUCUCUCUCUUGUUCACAAAGAUUUUACACCCGAGUUUCACCAAUUUGUACAAACAAACGACAUCAAUCACAAGGUCAUCGAUAUGAUCGGAACUAAGAAGCUAAACAUCUCUGAAUCUAUGAUGAAAAGUAUCCUACAUAUUGUAAUGAAUAAAGCCAACCAUCCAAUUCUCAUUCAUUGCAACCACGGGAGACAUCGAACUGGAUGCGCCGUAGCUGCAUUUCGACACACUACAGGCUGGGGACUCUCAAAAAUACUUCAAGAGUACUCUGAGUUUGCCACGCCUAAAAUACGAGACUGUGAUGUACAGUAUAUAUCAAACUUCAACGUCUCUGCCCUUGGCGAAAUUUUAAGCAAGGCACAAAAAGUACAAUCCCGUCUUUCUAUCGUCACUCAAAAAAUGUGGCGUAUGCUAUUUUUAUCCAUUCUACUCACAAUGAUAUUAUUGACUCUUCGCUUUCGUCAAACCAUAGAUGUUUAUAAGCGAUGA